AUGCCGGGGUGGUACCAAUGUGCCGAUGUUCUAUCGGCGGUGGAUGCAUAUGAUGCGCUGGGUGUGGAGCCGGGGCCUGCUGAUGCAGGGUACUCACCUUUGCAACGAUCAAUGCAUCUCUCUACGGUAUCAACGAAGAUCAUUACCCAAUGCUACAAUCGCACCAUGCAAUGUGUUGGUGAAAACACUGAACAAGCUAGAUGUGUGAUCAAGUACUACGACAUGCUACAAGGGAAGUCGCGUGAAUCCUAUGACAUGCGGCGAUUCAGGGACAAUACGCAGGCGAAGAACACUGAAAUCAGCAAGAACAUUGCGAUAUUCCAGAAGCAUGUCAGAGUUUCUAUGUCCGAAUUCAAGUCCAAGCGAAACUUCACGUUUGUAUGCUUUGGAAACCAAACCAUGGCGUUGAUGGCCGCCACCAAAUUUGAAAAGGAUGUCCUUUGCGUUAUGGCUGAGUUUGAGAAGGUGACGCGUAAGCCUACUCUACGACAGAAUCUCUUAACUGCACAUGGGGUUGACUCCAGCUUCUUUAAGAAGAGCGUCAGCAAUCAGCGUGAGCAGUUGUUGCAUCGACUGUUUCAAGGUGUUGGCUAUUGCGCAAAAUUUGAAGGACCACACCAAACGCUGGAACGAUCGUGCAAGUCGUUCAAAUCUGCUUCAGAUUGGUUGGUGCAAAUGUACACUGCCAACAAGGAUGGUUCCCUGAAGAGUGCCAUGAAGCACAUCGCCAAGAACGGAGAGGAUGCAGUUGCCAUCAAAGACAUGCUCAGUGCACUGAGCUCGUUUUGCAGAAUCGAACGUUCUGAGAAUGGCUGGGCUAUCAACAAGCGACAAGAGAAGCUAGAAGAGACUGCUGCCAAACACUUACUUCAACUUGCAGUGGAAAUCAACCAAGCCAACAUCAACAAACUGUUCAACAUCAAGGAUGUUGCCACAUCAAGCACGGAGACACCUGACAAGCAGGUCGAUGCAAGUAACACAAAGAACGGACACGUAGCCAUGCCAUCAGGAGAACAAACCAAAACAGACAAAGACAAUGACACUGACCAGGCAUCUCAGCAGCCACCAUGCACCAUUGAGCAGCAGCCCACCAACGCAGUUCAUGCACAAGGGCCAUCACAAGCAGCAGAGGCAGAAGCAUGCGAAGCACAUCAGACCAACCUGCAGCAUGACGGUCACGACAAGCCACAUAGCCCACAAGCACUUCCGGCAGAGCCAGCAUCAACACCAGCACCAGCCACAGAAACACAAGCAUCACCAGCUGACCAGCAGGCCAAAGCGAUGCACAUAGAAUAUGUGAAGAUUGCCAAGCCACCAGAAGAACAAGCAUAUCAGCAGACACCAUGCACCAUUGAUCAGCAGCCCACCAACGCAGCUCAUGCACAAGGGCCAUCACAAGCAGCAGAGGCAGAAGCAUGUGAAGCACAUCAGACCAACCUCCAGCAUGACGGUCACGACAAGCCACAUAGCCCACAAGCACUUUCCGCAGAGCCAGCAUCAACACCAGCACCAGCCACAGAAACACAAGCAUCACCAGCUGACCAGCAGGCCAAAGCGAUGCACAUAGAAUAUGUGAAGAUUGCCAAGCCACCAGAAGAACAAACCAAAACAGAUAGCAAAGACGAUCACACCGACCAUGCAUCUCAGCAGCCACCAUGCACCAUUGACCAGCAGCCCACCAACGCAGUUCAUGCACAAGGGCCAUCACAAGCAGCAGAGGCAGAAGCAUGCGAAGCACAUCAGACCAACCUCCAGCAUGACGGUCACGACAAGCCACAUAGCCCACAAGCACUUCCGGCAGAGCCAGCAGCAACACCAGCACCAGCAACAGAAACACAAUCAUCACCAGCUGACCAGCAGGCCAAAGCGAUGCACAUAGAAUAUGGGAAGAUUGCCAAGCCACCAGAAGAACAAGCAUCUCAGCAGCCACCAUGCACCAUUGACCAGCAGCCCACCAACGCAGCUCAUGCACAAGGGCCAUCACAAGCAGCAGAGGCAGAAGCAUGCGAAGCACAUCAGACCAACCUCCAGCAUGACGGUCACGACAAGCCACAUAGCCUACAAGCACUUUCGGCAGAGCCAGCAGCAACACCAGUUCCAGCAACAGAAACACAAGCAUCACCAGCCGACCAGCCGGUCAAAGCGAUGCACAUAGAAUAUGGGAAGAUUGCCAAGCCACCAGAAGAACAAACCAAAGAAGAUAGCAAAAACGAUCACACUGACCAGACAUCUCAGCAGCCACCAUGCACCAUUGACCAGCAGCCCACCAACGCAGUUCAUGCACAAGGGCCAUCACAAGCAGCAGAGGCAGAAGCAUGCGAAGCACAUCAGACCAACCUCCAGCAUGACGGUCACGACAAGCCACACAGCCCACAAGCACUUUCGGCAGACAACUCUACAAUUGGCAUCAUGGAAUGUGGGCAGCAAGGCAAACUCGUUGGCACAGCAACGCUUGUUACGAUCAAGAUCAUCAACAACUUUGCAGAUCUUAGAACAUGCACUGAAUUUAAAACUGCUUCUGAAGAACAAAAGUUAGCAUGGCGCAAGCGAAUUGUGCACAACAAGAAGCCUCUUUACCAAUGGAUUUUGGAGGAUAUCGUUGAGCUGAAACAACCACUACAGGGUCCCAGUAGUAGAGGCAAAGCCACGUGGGUCAACAUUGCAAAGUUGAAGUCCUUUGUCGAAAGAGAGGUGCCUGUAAAUAUUCAACUGCGUCAUGAGUUUAGCGUUGAGAUUGAACCUUACAAGAGGAAGUUCAUUGCUGAUGCUCACACUGCCAAGGGUGAAAAACCAACAUUUCAUCUUUUCAGCGAUGUUCGUAUUUUUGCAGAUGGCAAAGGGUAUUGCGAUACCUGUGGUUGUGUCCACAAUGCGCCAGCUGAAGUUGAUAUCCUAUUUGUUGGUCCAUCAUGCAAAAGCAUCAGUUUGGAGAAUGCCGACCGGUCUUCCUACAAGCACUGCUACAGUACGGGUGAAGGAAGUAGUGGCUACACAUACCAACAUGGAGUAAAAGGUGCUGUUUCUUCUACAAAUCCUGCACUUUUGUUCUUCGAGAACGUAUUGGGAGUGAUGUUUGCAGUGAACAAGAAACCAUCCCCCAUGGAGGUCAUGACCAAAGACCUGGGAGAACUUGGCUAUGUUGUUGAACAUUCCAAAAUUGAUGCACAAGACUACCUCUUACCUCAAAGACGGAAUCGGGUGUAUGCAUUAGCGGACAUCAAUGCUGGUCAAUGUUCCCAAUCCUUUGCGCAAAAAAUGAAAGCAACCAUGGAGUCUAUGGCUUCUGAUGUGUUGUUACCGUUUGAUUCUGUGUUUGACACUACUUUGCCACAUCAGCAGCUGGAGGGGCGACAAUAUGACAAACUGCAGGAAGCUUUGGAAAAAGCAUGUUUACAAGCAAACUGCCAAAAUGUGUUCCUAGACACGUCAACUUCGUCAACAAGAGAGUGUGAAAGUGCAACCAAUGUCCUUACAUGUGUGCGACCUACGCACAAAAUUUACAGCAAUCAGCUUCAACGUUUUGUGACCAUACAAGAGAUGUGGGCAGCACAAGGACUGUUCAAAUGCAACUUUGAGAACCAAGAGGCAGUUCAAAGCAUGUGGGAACAAGCUUCAAAAGCACAAGACCUUGCUGGUAACGCUUUCGCUUCUACAUGUAUGCAGGCCAAAAUCAUCGCGUCUCUGGUACAUGGUCAGGGAUGGAUCAAUCUCGCAGGAUCACAUGGAAACGCUACAAACGCUCUGCAAACUGGUUUCGAAAGUGGUACUACUCCAAAUGACUCAAGCUCUCAACCUGAUUUCUUCGAAACACCAGAUGCUAAAGGGACUUUGUCUACAGCAUCAUCGAGUGAACGGGGUAUCAAGCGUAAGAGUAGCUCUGAUGAUGAUGAUGUACGAGAUGAAAGUGUUUACAGCAGUCCACCAGCAGAAGCAUCAGCAUCAUCCCGACCACAGAAACGCAUCAGUCUAUCAAGUGAAUCGAUAGUAGCCUCAUCACAACUGUCAAAACGCAUCAGUUCAUCAGAGGAAGCCUUGGUGCCAUUGCCACCUCCCAAACGCAGAUGUGAGUAUGAGAGUGUUUGCGCAGAUCCAUCGGUGAAGUACAAAGAGAAGCAUUUCCUCUCUACUGCCAGAAGGAAAGGUGCAUAUCAGGGGUGUUUCACGGACAGUCAUUGGGGAGGACAUCGAAAAAAACAAAACUGGGAUUUGUUGGUCAAAUACGCUCCAAAGAUUGCAAAAAAGCAUUCUGAAGUUCCUAACUCACUGCGUGAUGUUCUGAACAUUACCACAAAGAAGUGGAAUGGAGGGAAAUUCAGCAAAAGUGAUGGGCUGCACGUGAUACCACCAAGCCUAGCCCUAGCACUGGAUACGAUCAUCAUGGACAGAUUAGCGGCUGGCGAAGAAGUUUCUUACGAUUUCGUUGAAUCAACGUUGAAACUUUUGGUGAAACUUUGGAAUGAAAAGAUUGAAGAGUUGCAGGCCGAUGUUCAGGAAACAGUACAAAAGAAAAUCUUGCAAGCACAAAACGCAAUCGCUGAGUCUGAAGAUGUUGGAGAUGAUGUUGCGCGAAUGGCAAAGGAUGAUGAAAUGACAGCAUUGAGCAAGUUGUUAGAGACACUCCAGCCCUGCAACAUCAGCACCCAACCUACUGCACUGGGGUCCAUCACGACAAUGAUCAUCUCGACUGCCCAGGUCUUGUGCAUCUCGAGUUUGCAACCGAUUGGGGAUCCGAACAAGUUCGGACUUGGUGUGGAGCAUGAUGCGGUGCAUACUCUCGACUUGGAAGAGGACAAGCAGAUCGAAAUGGAGCAUGGUGAACCAAUUGAGUACGGCGACUUUUCCGGUGAUGAACUGGAUUCAGAGCUACACAGUGGGUUUCUCUUUGUCAAAGACUCAGACUCAGAGCAAGAGGACGAGCAUGAUGACAAGACAGCAGAACCCAAAGAGGACGAGAAUGGCAAGAAAUCACGCAAUGCAGCACUUGAGCACCGACCAGAAUAUCAGGAACUCAAAGCGGCGGGGGUGACUGUCAG